CAGAACAGCGUGCGUUUUAUAUCCCUCGCAGUCCCCAACCAGGGAAAGUGGACUUCCGGUUUGAUCGCCAUGAGGAAGUGGGCGCUGCCUUCCGCUCUCCUGCUUCUCCUCCUCCUCUCCUCCUUCCCCGAUCAAGGUCGUAAAUUACAUGCAAAUGCCGAGGACAGUGGCGAUGCAGACGAGCUCGCGGAUCCGCCGAAGGUGGAGGAGAAGCUCGGAGCCGUUCCCGGCGGGCUGUCCACCGAUUCAGAUGUCGCCAAGAGAGAGGCGGAGUCGAUCUCUAGGAAAACUCUACGGAGUAAUGCAGAGAAAUUCGAUUUCCAAGCAGAGGUUUCUCGGCUGAUGGAUAUAAUUAUCAACUCCCUCUACAGCAACAAGGACAUCUUCUUGAGAGAACUCAUCUCCAAUGCCUCUGACGCAUUGGAUAAGAUCAGGUUCCUUUCUCUCACCAAUAAGGAGAUCUUAGGGGAAGGCGACAACACGAAGCUUGAGAUCCUUAUUAAGUUGGACAAGGAAAAGAAGAUCCUCUCCAUCCGUGACCGAGGUAUUGGUAUGACGAAAGAAGAUCUGAUCAAGAACUUAGGGACCAUUGCGAAGUCGGGAACUUCAGCUUUCGUGGAGAAAAUGCAGACAGGGGGUGAUUUAAAUCUCAUUGGGCAGUUUGGUGUUGGGUUCUACUCAGUGUAUUUGGUUGCUGAUUAUGUUGAAGUCAUUAGCAAGCACAACGAUGACAAACAAUAUGUGUGGGAGUCUAAGGCUGAUGGGUCGUUUGCAAUUUCCGAGGAUUCAUGGAAUGAACCCCUUGGACGUGGAACAGAAAUAAGGCUCCAUCUCAGAGAUGAAGCCAAGGAGUACUUGGAAGAAGACAAGCUGAAGGAGUUGGUGAAGAAGUAUUCUGGAUUCAUCAACUUCCCCAUAUAUCUCUGGGCAAGCAAAGAGGUGGAUGUGGAAGUCCCAUCUGAUGAGGAGGAAUCUGGUGAUGAGGAGGAAACAUCGGAAAGCAGUUCUGAAGAUGAAACAGAAGAGGAAGGUGCUGAGAAAAAGCCCAAGACAAAGACAGUGAAGGAAACAACUUAUGAUUGGGAGGUGUUGAAUGAUAUGAAGGCUAUUUGGCUUCGCAACCCCAAGGAGGUUACUGAUGAGGAGUAUUCAAAAUUCUACCACUCUUUAGUGAAGGAUUACAAUGAUGAGAAGCCUUUAGCUUGGAGUCACUUUACUGCUGAAGGUGAUGUAGAGUUCAAAGCACUGUUGUUUGUGCCUCCUAAGGCUCCUCAGGAUCUAUAUGAAAGUUACUACAACACCCAAAAGUCCAACUUGAAGUUGUAUGUUAGAAGGGUUUUCAUCUCAGAUGAAUUCGAUGACCUUCUUCCCAAGUACCUUAGCUUUUUGAGGGGUCUUGUUGACUCGGACACAUUACCACUUAAUGUCUCUCGAGAAAUGCUUCAACAGCACAGCAGUCUGAAGACAAUCAAGAAGAAAUUAAUCCGCAAGGCUCUUGAUAUGAUUCGACGAAUUGCAGAUGAGGAUCCUGAUGAGUUCAGCAACAAAGAUAAGACAGAAACAGAGAAAGCAAGCGAGAAUGAUGAGAAAAAGGGGCAAUAUGCCAGAUUCUGGAACGAGUUUGGAAAAUCCAUUAAGCUUGGCAUCAUUGAGGAUGCCCAUAACAGAAAUCGCCUUGCUAAGCUCCUCAGAUUUGAGAGUACCAAGUCUGAAGGCAAGCUUGCAUCACUGGAUCAGUACAUUGCCAGAAUGAAGCCAGGACAGAAGGACAUUUUCUACAUUACAGGAACUAGCAAGGAACAAUUGGAGAAAUCUCCAUUCCUUGAGAGGCUUACGAAAAAGGACUAUGAGGUUAUAUUCUUCACUGAUCCUGUUGAUGAAUACUUGAUGCAAUACCUGAUGGACUAUGAAGACAAAAAAUUCCAGAAUGUGUCAAAGGAGGGUCUCAAGCUUGGAAAGGACUCAAAGCUGAAAGAGCUGAAGGAGUCCUUCAAGGAGCUGACUGAUUGGUGGAAGAAUGCUCUUUCCAGUGAGAAUGUUGACUCAGUAAAGAUAAGCAACCGUUUGGACAACACCCCUUGUGUGGUGGUUACGUCAAAAUAUGGGUGGAGCGCGAACAUGGAGAAGAUCAUGCAGUCCCAGACUCUUUCUGAUGCCAGCAAGCAAGCAUACAUGCGUGGCAAGAGGGUUCUUGAGAUUAACCCAAGGCAUCCUAUUAUCAAAGAACUCCGUGAGAGAGUUGCUCAGGAUCCUGAGGAUGAAAGCAUGAAGCAGACAGCAAGGCUCAUAUACCAAACAGCCCUCAUGGAGAGUGGUUUUAACCUCAAUGAUCCAAAGGAAUUUGCGUCGAGCAUUUACAAGUCAGUGCAUAAGAGCCUGGACAUCAGUCCUGGUGCUAUUGUUGAAGAGGAGGAUGACACAGAGGAACCAGAGGCUGAAGAGAAGGAAGCAACUAUCGAGGGAGCUGAAACCGAUGCUGCUAAAGAGGAGGCGAAGGAAUCUUCGGUCAAAGAUGAAUUGUAGACUUGCAGUUCAUGUCACGGGAUUUUGAUAACCAACUGAUACGAGAGCCAUCCAGAAAGAGGACAGGCUUCUUAGGCCCGAUUUCUAUGCGGUAAGGCAUGGUCGAUGAGAUUUUGAGAUGUAUGAAGUUAAUUUGAUCCACAACUGGUACUGUUAGAUAAACUUUAUGCCUAUCCACAGCUAUCAGUUAGCGUGUUCUUGCUUUAUUAUGGAUCUACUCUGUUACUUGCAUCUCUUAUCCGUGUCUCUCUUGUUUGCGUAACCAUCAGUUUUCAACCCUUGCAAUGAAUACAUCGUUUCUGAUUGAAGCUAA